AGUAAUACAAUUUUUCAAAGCCGCAGGCAGAUAGAGACCAAUUCGUUUCCUCAUUGGAACUGUGAAGAAAUUUGACCUGUUAUACUUCCUGUCUUCUUCAUCUCCGCCGUCUAUGUCCACCGGAGCCGGCGAAACCAUCGUCACUCCAUUUUUCACUACGUAGAUUCAGCAACCACUGGGUAGAUUUUGGGGAUUUUGAUUUCUUGCUGUUGCUGCUGUUGUUGUUUGUCAUGUCGAAUCCAUCGGAUGCCGGCGGAGGCGUGAGAUUUUCCGAACGGAAGCAGCUGGCGAAGCGGCUGGAGAAAUCGAACUUUUCACAGGCCUGUAAUCUGCUGAGCCAACUCUUAAAGGAGAAACGGAGUCUUGCCGAUUUGAGCUCCGAUAUGGCUCUGAGGAAGAAGCCGAGAGAUGAACUCGAAAAGGCCAAGCCGCCGCCGAUGGUGAAUACGGCCAUUUCUUCCGACGCUACACGGCAGCAAAAGGAUAAUCUGCCGAAGUUCGUCGGAUUUCCUUCGUCGGGAUUCUCCAAUAACGCCAUCAAUAAGGGCGAGUUCAGGAGACCGGCCACACCGGAACCUGCAACCGCUCAAAUGACCAUUUUCUACGCCGGGAAAGUUCUGGUGUACGAUGAUUUUCCAAACGAAAGGGCCAAGGAGAUCAUGGCCUUGGCUGAUAAGGGAAGACGCAUCUCCUCCACCGCCGCCGUUCCCCCCACAGCCGCCUCCCCCAACAUAUUCGGUCCUGCUUUGGAAAAACCCUACAGUAAGGCUCCCGCCGGUGAGCCAAAUGUGGUGUCCAAAACUCAAGCUCCGGUGAAGCCGGCACCGGAGCAGCAACUGAAACCGCAAACGGAGACAAAAAAAUCUUCUGAUUUGCCUAUUGCUAGGAGGGCUUCCCUUCACCGAUUUCUUGAGAAGAGAAAAGACAGGACUGUAUCGAGAGAGCCGUUCCAAAUGAACCAACAACUCGAGGGUAUUCUUAAAGGAAGUGGAAGUAGCUCAACCAACGAGCCUGAACCUGAACCUGUUCGUGAGCCGGAAGUCGAAGCUGAAGAAGGCUUCCCUAAGCAUCUCGAUCUCAACUUAUAACUUGGUUUUGCAUUACAUAGGUCAAUUGUUUCUAUCUCCAAAUUUAUUUGCUGUUUUGUGUUAUAUAUUACAUAUAAUUAAUUCCCCCUUCCAACAACUAUGCCUUCCUACUAAUACAAAUGUUAUCCCAAUCAUGUUUUGAAUUUUUUUUCUAACUAAAUUUUCGAUGCAAUAUGAAAGAGUAGUUUUUUUUGUUGA